UGCCCAGUAUUGCCGAGAACGGAAAAUUAAAAUAAUAUACAAGAAACAUCAAAAAUUAUAGUAACUAUAUUAUUCACAGUAAUAAUAAUUAUUAUUGUAUUUAAUAAAUAUAUUUGUUUGUAUAUUGGAACCAGUAAUUGAGUUUAAGUUCGAAAUGGAGUUAAGUGAAGAUUCAAUAAAGAAAAAACAAAAUGUUUUAAUAUGUGACAAAGAUCGAGAUUCUCUAGAGCAACAUGUACAAAUUAAAUCAGAACUGGAAGAAUGCGAACGUAAUUACACAGGGAAUGCUUUAUCAGACUCUUAUUAUUCGGACAAUGUUAAAAUAGAAGAUCAUGUGUUACAAUAUGAUAUAAGUAACCCAUUCCCUGUCAUUACCAAGCAAGAAGUUAAGACAGAAAUCAAAAAAGAACAACAUUUAGAGGCAAACCAUGGGUGUGACGCUCCAUUUAAAAAUGUAAAAUUAGAGAUAGGAGCUUCAACUGAGAUGGAUCAUGAAAGACUUUCUGGAAGUAUGGAAGCAACAAAAUUACUGUCCAACAUAGACACAAAAAAUUUACGUCAGAACGAGAUUAAAACGAAGUCCGAAAGAUCUUUGGUAACACGUACACGAGAAAAUUCGUACAAGUGUGAAACGUGUUUGAGGGAAUUUAAUCUAUUAAGUUAUUUAAAAAGACAUUUGAGAGUGCACACUGGGGAAAAACCGUAUAAGUGUGAAACUUGUUUUAAGCAAUUUAGUCAAGCAGGUUCUUUGAAAAAACAUUUGAGAGUGCACACUGGGGAAAAACCAUACAAGUGUGAAAUUUGUUUUAAGCAAUUUACUGAAGCAGGAUCAUUGAAAAUCCAUAUAAGAAUACACACUGGAGAAAAGGCUUACAAGUGCGAAAUCUGUUUUAGAGAAUUUAGUAGAGCAGGAAGUUUAAAACAUCAUUUACCGAUACAUACUGGAGAAAAGCUUUACGAGUGCGUAAUGUGCUUUAAGCAAUUUAGUCGAGAUGAACAUUUGAAAAAGCAUUUAAGGAUACACACGGGAGAAAAGCCUUAUAAGUGCCAAAUUUGUUCUAAGCAAUUUAGUCAAGCAACAACUUUGAAAAACCAUUUAACGAUACACCCUGGAGAAAAAGCUUACAAGUGCGAAUUUUGUUUUAAGGAUUUUAAUACAGCAGAAGUUUUAAAAAGGCAUUUAAGGGUACAUACUGGAGAAAAGCCUUAUAAGUGUGAAAUUUGUUUUAAGCGAUUUAGUCAUGCAGGAACUUUAUAUAAGCAUUUAAGGAUACACACUGGAGAAAAGCCUUACAAGUGCAAAAUUUGUUUUAAACAAUUUAGUCAAUCAGCAACUUUGGAUAAGCAUUUAAGAAUACACAGUGGAGAGAAGCCUUACCAGUGCGAAAUAUGCUUUAAGCAAUUUACUGAAGCAGGUAAUUUGAAAAAGCAUUUAAGAAUACACAGUGGAGAGAAGCCUUACCAGUGCGAAAUAUGCUUUAAGCAAUUUACUGAAGCAGGAAAUUGGAAAAAGCAUUUAAGGGUACACAGUGGAGAAAAGCCGCAUAAGUGUUAAAUUUCUGCUUAGUGUUAAAUUUGCUUUAAGCAGUUUGCUGUAACAUGUAUUUGAAAAUUAAUUCAGGAGUGUCCAUUUGGGAAAAGCCUUACCAAGUUGGAAAUUUCUAGUUAGCAACAUAUUCACGCAAGUGAGCUGAAUGCACAUUUGAGACUGGAUUGUACAUUGCGGAAAAUUUUGGCAAGUACAUAUUAAAUUGUCAUUUUCUGACUUACAAAUCUUAUCAGCAUGAAAUUUGUGUCAAGCAGUUUACUGAAAAAUAUAAAUUAUCGAAGCAUUUGAGUACGCACAAUAGAGUCGAAAUUAGGGCUUACAAUACCGGGAUCCCGAAUACCGGACCAUUUUUGUCUGGUAUUAAAAACCGUUUUUUUUUUAUAAAAAUACCGAUAUUUUGAUAUUACAUUAGUUGAUAAAAAUUGAAUUUAUGCACAAUAUAAAUCUAAUUUAAAAUAAUAUUUAAUUAAUUACAAGAAAUAUUUUUUGAACAAUUUCGUUGUAUUAAAAUCUAUGUAUAUCUGCGCUGUCCCGGCCAGACAGCAAUCUUACACUUUUGGCCAAGAAACGCAUAAACGCGCAAUACUCCACAAGGAGGGAUGGAACGAGGGAGAAAGAAAAUCUAUAUCAGGCAUAUUUAUUACACAUACCGAGCUAGACCAGUAAGGAUCUGCGAAAAAACGUCUAUUUUUGGAUGUGAGAGGUGGCAUUCGAAUUUUUGCAGAUAAAGUUAGGUGACAUCUUCAGUAAUAAUAAUUGACUUACGCUUAAAAAUUUCGAAAAACAUCGAUUUUUUUCUGCUUUCUUUGCAUAUAACUUUAAAACGAUUCGUUUUGGAACAAAGUCGUAGAGCAAUAAAAUAAAGAUAAUUGAAUUUUGUAUAAUAUACGAGUGGUAAAAAAUGUCUUAAGUUAUUACCUUUUCUACGAUAUAGCAAUAAAUACAACAUAAAGGGGCAAAAUAAAUCUGUUGUUAUUCAAUAUUUUUUAACCACUUUGCUGGCACUUAGAACCUUAGUAAUUCGCUUAGUAAAUUCUUUGUAACAUACUUAAAUCGUGUACCAAAUUUCAUUAAAAUCGACCUAAUAAAUUUUGCAUAAUAAAUUUGCAAUCUAAAUGUUUUUAAAAAAGUUCAAUUUUUUUAAAAUCUUUCUGAACAAAAAGUAGACUAUUUAGAAGUUGACUAAUUUUUUUACAUAUAAAGAGGUGCUCUACCUAUCUAAUACACUUUACAGAAUUAAAAUCGGAUUAUUUAAGGGGCCCCAGCAAUGUUUUAAAUUUAUAAACAAUUUUUUGGCUUAUAAACAAAUAGCUUUGUUUAAUAAUAAACAAAUUAAUUUUUAGCAAUGCAAAUAAUUAAAACCGGUAUAAUUUGACUUAAACUUUCAAAUGCCGUCAGCAGAAUUGCUAUUUUAUUUUUUAAUCAAACGUUAUUCGCGUUCAAAAAUUGCAAUUUCUCGAUUUUUUGAAGGUUCCAUCGCGUUUAUCUCGAAAACUAUGCAUCCUAUCUGAAAAACUUGUAAGAACAUUUUUUGCUUAGAAUUACCCAAGAAAUACAAAAAAAUGUUUUAUUUUGCGAAAAAUCGAUUUUAUGUAAUUCCUAAAGUUCUUUGUUUAUAACAAUCUUAUCGACAUCCGGAUCAACUGUUACCCAAAAAAUUCGUGUUCUACGGGUCAAAAUUCUUAAAAAAUCUUGGGUAAGUCCAUCUAAAUAAAGGAGUACGUAGCACCCCCUCCUGGCCACAGCACUAAUUUGUUUAUAAGUAGGGUUACCAUAAUAGGUCUGGAUC